CUGCAUCCCAGAACCUCCCUGGGGUCUCCCUGCCCGCUGGCCACCAGCGUGAAGUCAGAACCGCCAGAGGAAACCCUGCCGGCCUUCCCUGGAGCUGCUCUGCAGGCCCCUCCGAGGGAUCCUGUCCUCCAGGAGUGUCCCUCCUGCAUACAGGGCAAUCAGGACGCCACGGCUCCGCCUGAGGCCAUGGCCCAGCCCUACCCCCCUGCCCAGUACCCGCCUCCGCCCCAGAACGGCAUCCCCACCGAGUACGUCCCGCCCCCACCGCACCCCACGCAGGACUACUCGGGCCAGACCCCCGUCCCUCCAGAGCACGGCAUGACCCUAUACACACCAGCACAGACCCAUCCGGAGCAGCCGGGCGCCGAGGCCAGCACGCAACCCAUCGCCGGGACCCAGACAGUGCCGCAGACAGAUGAGGCGGCACAGACGGACAGCCAGCCACUCCACCCCUCCGACCCCACGGAGAAGCAGCAGCCCAAGCGGCUACACGUCUCCAACAUCCCCUUCCGGUUCAGGGACCCCGACCUACGGCAAAUGUUCGGGCAAUUUGGAAAGAUUUUAGACGUGGAGAUCAUUUUUAACGAGCGGGGCUCCAAGGGUUUUGGGUUUGUAACUUUUGAAACUAGCUCAGAUGCUGACCGAGCCCGGGAGAAGCUGAAUGGGACGAUCGUAGAGGGACGGAAAAUUGAGGUCAACAAUGCUACGGCCCGAGUCAUGACCAACAAGAAGACCGGAAACCCCUACACCAAUGGUAAGAGGCCCAGAACACCCAGAGCCCCAGGGCCAGCCUUUUACAUGGUGACCGGCUUCCCCUAUCCCACCACCGGCACCGCUGUUGCCUACCGGGGCGCGCACCUCCGGGGCCGGGGCCGGGCCGUGUAUAACACGUUUCGGGCUGCGCCGCCUCCGCCCCCCAUCCCGACUUAUGGAGCGGUCGUGUAUCAGGAUGGAUUUUAUGGUGCUGAGAUUUAUGGAGGCUAUGCAGCCUACAGAUAUACUCAGCCAGCAGCAGCGGCAGCAGCAGCGGCAGCCUACAGUGACAGUUAUGGCAGAGUCUACGCAGCUGCUGACCCCUACCAUCACACCAUUGGCCCUGCAGCGACCUAUAGCAUUGGAACCAUGGCUAGCCUCUGCCGAGGAGGGUACAGCCGCUUCACCCCCUACUAGCAAGAGACCCGCCCCUAACAGCAUUCACACCACUGCCUAUUCCAAACCAAACCCUACAGCCCCAACACCAGGCACAGCCACCAGGAGGACAGUGCACCCCUCCCGGUCAACAACAUGCACCGCUGACCCUCUGCAACUCUAAAAUCCAUAGAUUUUUACUUCCAGCCAGCUGCUCUCCCCACCCCGCCCAUGACGG